UUGGAGGUUGCUGGGUGCCACGUGGACCAAUCACGUGGCGCGCUCUUGAGUGAGGAAUUCUUCAUCAGCAGCAGCAUCAGCAGCAUGCAGAACCAUCAUAAUAAUCAGCAACAUAAUAAUCAUCAGCAGCAAAAUCAGCAGCAGCAGCAACAUCAUCAGCUGGUGCAAUUUCAUCAGCAGCAGAUGCAGCAAUUUAAUCAGCAGCAACAUCAUCAGCUGGUGCAAUUUCAUCAGCAGCAGAUGCAGCAAGUUAAUCAGCAGCAGCACCAUCAUCAUCAGGAGCAAAAUAAUCAUCAGCAGCAAAAUAAUCAUCAGCAGCAAAAUCAUCAGCAGCAGCAAAAUAAUCAUCAGCAGCAUAAUCAUCAUCAGCAGCAAAAUAAUCAUCAGCAUCAUCAUCAUUAGAAUCACCAUUAUUAGCAGGAACAUCAUCAGCAUCAUCAUCAUCAGAAGCACCAUCAGCAGAAGCACCAUCAUCAUUGGCAUGCAUAACCAUUAAUCAGCAGCAACAACAUCGUAAUCAGUAGCAGCAACAUCAUCAUCAGCAGCAAAAUCAUCAGCAGCAACAUCAUUAGCUGGUGCAGUAUCAUCAUCAUCAGCUGGUGCAGUAUCAUCAUCAUCAGCUGGUGCAGUAUCAUCAUCAUCAGCUGGUGCAAUAUCAUCAGCAACAUCAGCAGCUGGUGCAGUAUCAUCAGCUGGUGCAAUAUCAUCAGCAGCAACAUCAUCAGCUGGUGCAAUAUCAUCAGCAGCAACAUCAUCAGCUGGUACAAUAUGAUCAGCUGGAGCAAUAUCAGCAGCAGCAAAAUAAUCAGCAGCAGCAUCAGCAGCACCAUCAGCAUCAUCAGCAGCAGAAGCAGCAGAAGCAUCAGCAGCAGCAGAAGCAUCAUCAGCAGCACCGCUUCUUCUGGCUCUGCUAUGCGCCUCGACUGGCACUCGGCUAAUGCCAGUCUCUACGACCACAUCCAGCCAGCCAGCCGACUCAUAGAUGGCCCUGACUACGCAGUGUUCAAGGAGGGGGUGACUCCAAUGUGGGAAGACCCUGCGAACCUAGUUGGUGGACGAUGGUUGAUUUUUCUCACAAAGCAGCAGCGCGACCUGGACCUGGAUGUCCUGUGCCUGGAGACGCUGCUGAUGCUGGUUGGUGAGGCGUUCACCCCGUACGGCGAGGAGGUGUGUGGUGCCGUGGUGAGCGUGAGAGGCAAGGAAGACCGCAUCGCCCUGUGGACCUCCAACGCUGACAGCAGCCAGGCCGUCAUCACCAUUGGGGGUAUGUACAAGCGCAGGCUGGGCUUGCCUGCCCACACGCUCAUCGCUUACCAGGCGCACGGAGGCAGCAUGGCGAAGAGCGGACAGCCCUGGGCGGACAGGGAGAGAGCAGGGGGCGGAGAGACAGCGGCACCAGCUGGAGGAGACACGGGGUGGUGAGACACGGGGAGGGAGAGAGACACAGAGAGAGACACAGAGAGAGACACAGAGAGAGACACAGAGAGAGAGACACGGAGAGAGACACAGAGAGAGACACAGAGAGACACAGAGAGACACAGAGAGAGAGACACACGCAGAGAGAGACACACGCAGAGAGAGACACAGAGAGAGACAGAGAGAGACACAGAGAGAGAGGGACACGGGGAGAGAGGGACACGGGGAGAGAGACACAGAGAGACACACGGGGAGAGAGGGACAGAGAGAGACACAGAGAGACACACGGGGAGAGAGAGACAGAGAGAGACAUAGUGAGAGACACACAGAGAGAGAGAGACACGGGGAGAGAGGGACACGGGGAGAGAGACACGGGGAGUGAGACACAGAGAGACACACGGGGAGAGAGACACACGGGGAGAGAGACACACGGGGAGAGAGACACAGAGAGAGAGACACGAGGAGAGAGGGACACGGGGAGAGAGACACGGGGAGAGAGAGACACAGAGAGAGAGACACAGAGAGAGACACAGAGAGAGAGGGACACGGGGAGAGAGACACGGGGAGAGAGAGACAUGGAGAGAGACACGGGGAGAGAGACACGGGGAGAGAGAGAUGGGCAGUGCUGAGUCUAUGGUGCAGUGUUGAGUCUAUGUACAGUGUUGAGUCUAUGGGCAGUGUUAGUCUAUGUACAGUGUUGAGUCUAUGUACAGUGUUGAGUCUAUGGACAGUGUUGAGUCUAUGUACAGUGUUGAGUCUAUGGUGCAGUGUUGAGUCUAUGGUGCAGUGUUGAGUCUAUGGUGCAGUGUUGAGUAUAUGGUGCAGUGUUGAGUCUAUGGUGCAGUGUUGAGUCUAUGGUGCAGUGUUGAGUCUAUGGUGCAGUGUUGAGUCUAUGGUGCAGUGUUGAGUCUAUGUACAGUGUUGAGUCUAUGGUGCAGUGUUGAGUCUAUGUACAGUGUUGAGUCUAUGUACA